CCCUGGACAGCGCAUCCGGGCCGCCGGCGCCGCGAUCAUGGAGCAUCUAAAGGCCUUUGAUGAUGAAAUCAAUGCUUUUUUGGACAAUAUGUUUGGACCUCGAGAUUCUCGAGUCAGAGGAUGGUUCAUGUUGGACUCUUACCUUCCUACCUUCUUUCUCACUGUCCUGUAUCUGCUUUCCAUAUGGCUGGGUAACAAAUACAUGAAGAACAGACAUGCUCUCUCCCUCAGGGGCAUCCUCACCUUGUACAAUCUCGGGAUCACACUUCUCUCCCUAUACAUGCUGGCAGAGCUUCUUCUCUCCAGCUGGGAAGGAGGCUACAAUUUACAGUGUCAAGAUCUUACCAGUGCCGGGGAAGCUGAUGUCCGGGUAGCCAAGGUGUUAUGGUGGUACUACUUCUCCAAAUCCAUAGAGUUCCUGGACACAAUUUUCUUUGUUUUGCGGAAAAAAACCAGUCAGAUUACUUUUCUUCACGUGUACCACCACGCCUCUAUGUUUAACAUCUGGUGGUGCGUUCUGAACUGGAUACCUUGCGGGCAGAGUUUCUUUGGACCGACAUUGAACAGUUUUAUCCACAUUCUCAUGUACUCCUACUACGGCCUCUCUGUGUUUCCGUCUAUGCACAAGUAUCUGUGGUGGAAGAAAUAUCUCACACAGGCUCAGCUGGUGCAGUUCGUGCUCACCAUCACACAUACCAUGAGUGCGGUGGUCAAGCCCUGUGGCUUCCCCCUGGGCUGUCUGAUCUUCCAGUCUUCCUACAUGCUCACAUUAGUCAUCCUCUUCCUGAACUUUUAUGCGCAGACAUACAGGAAAAAGCCAGCGAAGGAAAAUAUGGAAGAGCCACCUGCAGGGAAAGAAGUUAAGAAUGGUUUUUCCAAAGCCUACGUCACCGCAGCCAACGGGGUAAUAAACAAGAAAGCACAGUAAACGCCGAAUAACAGACCAAGCACAUAUGACAGCCUAACAGAUUCGCUUGUUUUAAAGCAAAGACUGAAUUGAAAGUUAUAUUAUGUUUUAGCAUAAACUAAUUUCUUUUGAGUUUAUAAAUCAUUUGUACCCGGAAUGUAUUAAUAUAUUGCCAUUAGGUUAAUCUGUUACCUGAAUGCUUCCAUUAGCACACCGUGUCACCUCAGAACUGGUGCAGCUUCUCUCCUCCUCCCCGCAAGCCGAGCCCCUCGCCAGAAACUGUCUCCAUAACGCCUUACGCACAUACAAAGCCAGGAGACAUGGAGCCUUGUUUUCCAAAGUCAGUCUUCAAAUAAAAGGUUUUAUUCAGAUUAAAAUGCUUAAAACAAAAUGUUAGUUUCUAACUACAGGGUAUGUCUUAAUCUAUAUGAAGCAAUAAUUGCUUUAUCCUCAUGAAGCAAUAAAGUCAUCAGUCCAUUUGUUCCCUUAGGAUUCCACCCCGGAAAAUAUUAAAAUGGAUUAUAAAUGGAAGCCAGGAGAACCUAGCAAAACAACUUUUCUCUUUUAAGGAAGAGUCUGUCAGAGGCCUAAGUCUCAACUUAGUGAUAUGGCAGUGAAAUUUGUAUUUUGACGAUUACUUUUUCUAAGAAGGAAAAAAAAAAUCCUCUGCCAAAUCCUCAGAGCUCAGGGGCUUUGGAUAGGAGUUGUUCAGUUUUAACUUAGUUUCCAUAACUAUUCAUAUAUUCGCCAUCUACCUCCUAUGUUCCAUUCCCCUAGGUUAGGUUGUAAACAGGCACCUUGCCCAGUUUUAAAAGCAGGAUCUAACUCGGGCUGCCUAUUUUGCUUUCCGACCAGGAAUCUUCCCUUCUCCCUAGAAGGAUAAGCCACUGAAAUAUUUGUAAAUCAGAACAGUUGGGGCAAAACAGACACUGACUUUGCCUGCUAUGUCUCAUGAGCCUGCUUCUGACUCUUAGCCCCACAUACCUGCAGUCACUCUUUGUAGGUUAGGUUUUUGAAAAGAGGAAGCAGAGAGAACUAUGGAAAGAUCCUGACACUGAGCCGGGGCCUGGGAAUGCACCUCGAUGAAAAGUGCCAAUUUGGCAAAAUCAGCACCUCCCUUCCCUGCCCGGCUGACACGAGUUCUAAUAGAGAACAAGCACAGAAGCAGAGAGGAAAGCAGGAGUGGAUAGUGUUUUUUUUUUUUUUCUCCCCAAGUAUUGGGCUUUGACUGUUGCACCAAGAACAGAAAUAUUUUUUGAAGAUGUGAGGAAGAUUUAUACCCUGUAGUACAAGAUGUGCCACCUGUGACACCUUCUCUUUCAAAUAACCUGUAGGUCGUAGGGUUGAGGUCAGCAGCACAAGUGCCAGAAAGGCUUCUUAUGGUGGCCCGGACACAGGGCAGUCGGUUAGGGAGUGACUUUCUGUCCUCUUUCCCCUCGCUUUCUAGGGUUUGGCAUUCUUUUCCCCACUUACAAAAGAGCUUGGACGCUGGUAUGACACUGAACAUGGACACCGUUCAUGUUUUCUCACUUUUCAGUCACGUCCACUCCCCUUGCAGGUCCCAGCCUGCUUUGUGGAAGGGACAGAUCUUAGCUGGUUGUCAUAGUAACUGCACUGUGCAUAGAUGUACGUGUGACAUAUGGUCACUUGGUCCAUUUUUAUUGAACAUUUAGGUCUGAUGCCAGCUUACUCUUGGAUUUAUUUUUCUAAAAAGUUUUCUAAAAUUAAUUUUUCUAGGGUGCUUAAUCCCCACUUUAUUCCAUCCCAGCAGAAAUUCAAUUUAAAAUAAGGGCUAGCCCCAAGUAUGCCUCUGACUACUCCCCUGUCGCAAAACACGGGUUGGACUAAGGAGAAAACCCCUCAGGGCAACUGGAUUCUAGUUCAGCUUUAGGUCCCAAGUAAAGACUAAAAAUCUGUUAUUAAAGUGCAUUCUGGGGGAAAAAAUGAGAAUCGGGGAGAAGCUGGACCUUACCAGGCAUUCAUUGUUUGCAGCUGGUUCUCAAAUGUCAGGGAGGCCCUAAAAUCUCCCCGUUCAGCGUCUUACCUGCAAUUUUGGUGCUUUCCUGGAGUUGGUAUCGGCAGAGCAAGGAGGGAAGCCGUCCUUUAGCAGAAUGACAAAGCCCGGCAGCUCUAAUUAUAGGGCAGUUGGAGACCUCUGAGUUUUCAGUGGGAAAAACACGGGUAGUUUGCGCUUUCCAGCUCAAUUCAGAGGUUUCAGGGCGUGAUUUCCCAUUGGAUCUUUAAUUCUAGUGAAGCUAAUCAAACACUGCUCGCCUUAAACCAUUCCACGGCUGAUACGAACACACAGAGCUGUGAAAUCCUAGCCACGAAAACUGAAUCAGUUAAAAUAUUUUAACUUGUCAUUACGUACUGGAACUUUAAAAAGCAAAAUGUCUACAUUUAAUGUGAUUUUCCUAAGACUGCAAAAAAAAAAAAAAAACCUAUCUAAUCUGUUAGAAGAAUGAAAACUUUUCCCAAAUUUCCUUUUAUUCAUAAGAAUGAAAAUAUGAACUAUAAGCACGUUAAAAAUUCCUAUUGUUUUUUAAACAAAAUGGAAUGUUAGAUGGAAAUGAAGUGACAUUUUCAACCCAUCAAAAUGCUAAUAUUGAAGCCCUUACGCAUAUUGAGAGAGGAGGUCCUCCCCAUGGCCACCAGAGGGAUUGUUUGUAAGACAAAUGAUACUUACUGUUAUGGGCAUGUAAGAGGCUAUUCUGACUCUUCCAUAUCAUUUUAUGAGGUUUCUGGGGGACUUCCUUUUUUUAGAAAGUAAGGAUAUCACUUUCUGGUUUUCCUUCGAAAGUACUUGAGCCCAUACUAUCAUGGUUGGGGUGGACAGGGAGGCAGGAGAAGCCAUUUUUCUUUGUAGACAGAUAAGCAUUCUGUAUGAUUGUUGUAUAAUAAAUUGA